AGGGGAACCUUUGUCAUGCAUCCCGUAUCUGCUGCUUUUCAGGUGGAGGAGGAGAUCAGCACCCUACGUCAGGUUCUGUCCGCCAAGGAAAGACAUGCCACAGAGCUCAAGCGGAAACUGGGCCUCAGCCCUCUCAAUGAGUUCAAGCAAAAUCUCACAAAGAGCUGGCAAGAUGUCCAGACCUCCAAUGCAUAUGUGUCUGCCUCGGCUACUUUGGAUGACAUUACCCACUCUGAAGCAUACAAGAAGACUCAGGAGACCCUCUCCCAGGCAGGACAGAAGACCAGCGCAGCUCUCACCACCAUGGGCUCGGCUAUUAGCAGGAAACUGGGCGACAUGAGAGUGCUUCCUUUAUCCAAUUCUUUUAGUAGCCACUAUUCCAUUCGCCACUCCAUAAGUAUGCCAGCUAUAAGGAACUCUGCCACCUUCAAGUCGUUUGAGGACAAAAUGGGAAACCUCAAGUACAAGGUUGUGGGCCCCCGAGGGGAUGAGAGCCCAGCUGAUUCGGUCACUCCCACUCAGGAGAACCCGCCUUUCUGAUUGCCAGCAUUCUGACUGAGACUUCCCACCACCCCAUUUUGCAGCAACGUCGCUGAAGGCCUCUGCCAAAACCACACAACUGUUUUUGCGCCCUCUCGUUCGCACCUCUGCUAUCCAGCCAACCGCCUUUGACCUUUUGACCUGAGUCGCUCCCCUUCCUGUCCAUUUUUGUCAGUGUGAACGCAUGCUCGCAUGGCGGUGCGGGACACUCCUGGGUUGCACUAAGCCUGGUUGCUGCGCGUCUCCUCUCCGCUGUAUCCCAGCAACCGAGCUCUUGGGUGAACACUUUUUUAUGAUAAACACUUUUUCACUGCUUUGCAUCAUGUUUUUACAAGGCUGCUGCCGCCAUUCUGCAUGGAGGGAACCAAGAAGAAAAGUAGCAAGACACACACACACACACACACA